AAAACGGGACGCCCGUCUGUUUUUUUCUUUUGCGGCCGUAUGCAGUCCCGGAAUAACGGUGCACCCCGAAAAGUUCUUUGCAAUCAGUGAGCAUUAGAUCUGCUAGGAUAACAGAGAAAUCACGCCCGAGUAAGAGUAAAGGAGCUCUUUUCAACUGUGCUUAAUUUUUGGACCCUUUCUAUCCUAUCCUCUCUGGACAGCAAACAAAUUGCCAUGGAUGAUUUGGGAGUGCCUGAUCCGUCUAACUACCCUCUCAGCCCUCGUAUUGUAAUGUUUGAUGCUCUCCUGGCUGAUCUUGAGAGCUCCACCUGUCCUUUGGCACGUGUCCCUGUCCUGCUGAGCUCUGAACCUCCAGUGAACUCUGACACUUCACCCACCGGCACCCAAGAUUCUGCCCAGACCCGACCUCCCCCACCAGCUUACACACCCCAGCAAACUGUAUCUGCUGCUAUGAAAUCUAACGGCUCACAGAACCCAGACAAAAUGAACCCUAACCCAGACAAGCUGUAUAGUACGGUGUGUAAGCCACGCCCCCCACGAUCUCCAGAAACUCCUUCUACUUUCACCUCAUCCUCUGUGCUAGGAGGAGGCCUCAGUGAACUGGACCACCUACUACAGGAGCUCAACGCCACCCAAUUCAACAUCACUGAUGAAAUUCUAGCGCAGUUCCCCACCACUAAGAAGGACGAACGGGAUAAACCGUCCCACUCUGCCUCCUCGUCUUCCAGUUCAGCCAAGCCCUCUGCCACAUCUGCUACACUGGAAUUGGACAAGCUGAUGGCAUCUCUUUCUGACUUCAAAGUGCAGAGCACACCAGCAGCUCCAAUCAGUCCUGUGGUUACAUCACCACAACAACCAGCUGCACCUCCACAGGACUCUUCUGGGGGCUCAUUGGAUAGUAUGUUGGGGCUCCUCCAAUCAGAUCUGAGCAGACAAGGAGUGCCCACCUCAUCCAAAGGAAACUGCUCUGCUUGUCAGAAGCCAGUUGUGGGACAGGUGGUGACAGCUCUGGGCCGGGUGUGGCACCCUGAGCACUUUGUCUGCUCUGAGUGCGAGUGCGAGCUCGGCAACCGUAACUUCUUCGAGAAGGAUGGGCGACCGUACUGUGAGCCAGACUACUUCAGCCUGUACUCACCCCACUGCGCCCAGUGCAGUAAGCCCAUACUUAAUAAAAUGGUCACAGCGCUGGAUAAGAACUGGCACCCCGAGUGCUUCUGCUGUGUGAAGUGUGCUCGGACAUUUGGAGAUGAAGGCUUCCAUGAUCGUGAAGGCCAGCAGUACUGCCAGCAGUGCUUUUUGGCACUUUUUGCAUCCCGUUGUGAGGGCUGCUCUCAGCCAAUCAUGGAGAACUACAUUUCUGCCCUCAACGCCCUCUGGCACCCUCAGUGCUUCGUCUGCAGGGAAUGCUUCAGCCCAUUCGUGAAUGGCAGCUUCUUCGAGCAUGAGGGCCAGCCACUGUGUGAAAUGCACUUCCACCAGUCGCGGGGUAGCGUGUGCCAAGCGUGCCAGCAGCCCAUCCUGGGCCGAUGCGUGACUGCCAUGGGUGCCAAGUUCCACCCGCACCACCUGGCCUGCCACUUCUGCCUCAAACCCCUGAACAAGGGCUGCUUCAAAGAGCAGGAGAACAAACCCUACUGCCAUCCCUGCUUCCUUAAACUCUUCGGCUGAGGGAAUGGGAAUUACCGAAGUGUGUGUGUGUGUGUGUGUGUGUGUGUGUGUGUGUGUGUGUGAGAAAGAAAGAAAAAGAAAGAAAGUAAGGAAAAAGAGGUGAGGGUGGUGAUUAGAAGAACUAUUGAUCAAAUGAGAUGAAACUAUUGAUGGAGCUGACGUUUGGGACAUCCAGUACAAGAGCAUGGAGAGGUGCAUUUUGGGAAGGACAGGUGGGGUAAAGCCUCUCGCUCCACUCAUAUUCACUGGCUCAUUUUCAGUCGUAUUUGAAUAACUCAAAAGCCAAAGAAAAACAAAAACACUUUUCAUAUUUUUGUUCAUAAAAUAAACUGAUAUGUCAUUAAAUAUACUUAAAUGGUACAGACAAGGGUGAAAGUUAACAAUUAAAAAUGUAACUUGGUCAGCAUUUAGGCUGAAGCAUUACUGCCCCCGCCACACACACACACACACACACACACACAAAUACAUACACACAAACACACAUACACACAUACAAAU